AUUCACCUGAGCCACUCCCCCAGCCGCCAACGUCACACGGGCGCUGGAACUCCAGUAAGUAGUGAUGGUGUUGUGGUUAUCCAUGCCGCCGACACCUCUCUGAGUGUUGUCCUGUACAGAAGACCGAGUGGGAGAGCUCACCACGCAUGGAGUUGAGCUCGGACCGUGUGGUGGCAACUCUGGAGAUGUCGCAGAUCAAAAGCAAAGACGACGCGCCUUUUGAUGGUGACGGUGACUACGAGAGCUUGCCACCUCAUGUCUCAGUGAUGACCCACAUGACAGCAGGAGCCGUGGCUGGCAUACUGGAGCACACGGUGAUGUACCCCGUGGACUCUGUCAAGACAAGGAUGCAGAGUCUGCAGCCAGACCCAAAUGCACAGUACAGGAGUGUGUAUGAGGCUCUGAGAAGGAUCAUCCAGACAGAAGGGAUCUUCAGACCGCUGAGGGGCCUCAACAUCACCAUGAUGGGAGCCGGACCUGCCCACGCUCUCUACUUCGCCUGCUAUGAACGGGUCAAACGCUCACUAAGUGACGUCAUUCAGAGUGGAGGCAACAGCCAUUUAGCCAAUGGUUUGGCAGGUAGUGUGGCCACUGUUCUCCAUGAUGCAGUCAUGAACCCAGCUGAAGUGAUAAAGCAGCGGAUGCAAAUGUACAACUCGCCAUAUCGAGGACUUUGGGACUGUGUUCAAACAGUAACGCGUACUGAGGGUAUGGGAGCCUUUUACCGCAGCUACAGCACACAGCUGACCAUGAACAUCCCUUUCCAGGCCGUUCACUUCAUCACCUACGAGCUGAUGCAGGAACAGUUUAACCCCCACAGACAUUACCACCCUGCCAGCCACAUAGUGUCGGGAGCGGCAGCAGGAGCCAUUUCUGCAGCAAUAACCACUCCACUUGACGUUUGUAAAACUCUGCUCAACACACAAGAGAAUGUAGCACUCAACUCCAUGAACAUCAGCGGCCACCUGACAGGAAUGGCUAAUGCCUUCAGGACGGUGUACCGGCUUGGUGGUCUGGCGGCCUUCUUCAAAGGGGUCCAAGCUCGGAUUAUAUACCAGAUGCCCUCCACUGCCAUUGCCUGGUCAGUGUACGAGUUCUUCAAGUACUUCCUGACAAAGCAGCAGCUGGAACCGGAGGCAGGACCUCGACCGAUGUAAUUGAAAGUGUGUUGGCACAAACCACACCCAGACUGGAACUGAUGAAAGGACACUCUAACCUGAAGCUGUGUGAGCUGACUGUGUGCUGUUUGAGGAAAUAACAUCAGUUAUUGUCUCACAGGGAAGACAUCAUGGUGGGGGAGUGGCAGAGAAUGGCACUCUUUAUUGUUCAGUUACCUAAGUAUGUGUGUGUGUGCAACUUAAGAUAAUGUUGCACAACCAGGAUAUGCAACAGAGAUGACUGUUCUUAAAAGGAUAGAUAGAAGAGUUGAAUGGUAAUUUUCUUCCUCUCCACAAAUGCACCAACUGCAACUCUCCAAACUGUGUUUAUAGUUCUUAAUAUUGGAAUUUUUUAUUUAUUUUGUUAGCUUCCGAGGCUUGUAUUUUAUGGAUGCGGAAGAAACACAAUGUUGUUUGUUUGUUUUAUUUCAUUGUGUAUUUAUAAAAAAAACAUUACAUUACAAAAACAUACAACUUUUAUUAUUCUUUAUUUCCACUUGAUGGAGAAAUGGAAGAGUUGCACUUUCCAAGUGCCUCAUAAAUAUUAAAUGCUGGUUCACCUUUUUUUCCUCUUUUGCUCUCUGGUUUUUGACAGAGAAAAUCUUUAUUUCCAUAUUUCAUUUUUGUUUGGUCCAAGUUCUUGCAAAGAAGCACACUGUUCUGUUAUAAGAUUAAAUCUUAUCGUAGCUCUUUAUGUCAUAACUGGUCACAUUUGUCAAAUCUGAACUUACUAAACUGAAUGCUGUUUUGUUUUUUUCAAUUAUCUCCACACCAAAUGGUCAAAUACCAGUCGGCAGCAAUUUAAUUUUAUUUUUUGUUAGUUUUUUGCUUUAAGUGCAAAAUACCACGUUUUCCCCCCUCAGAGACCCUCUUUAUCACUCAGUAUCAAGAUGUGUAGGCCGCAUUAGUCCAGUUACUUGCCCUGUUAAAGUGCAGCACUACUAUGCUCCUGAAUCAUGCACAAUAAUAGUCUAAUUUAAAGAAUCAUACCUGUUGCAGAAAGAAGGCAGCUUGUUUAUAUGUAUUCAAAAACAUGAAUAUGUACUUUGAGGGUGACUAUUUCUGAGAAACUUCAUUAUGCAGAUCCAAAGGUGGAUCAAAUAAGGCUGUUACUUGGGAUGGUGGCCAUAUCUCAACCUUCAUGUGCAUUUGUACUGAUGUGAAGUUUAGCAUUUAAGUUUAUUUUUACGUGUGUCAUAUUGACCUUGAACCUCAAGGUUGUAGAUUGUAUAUAAAAUAUUUUAGUAUUUUUAUUUUAGUAUAAGUUUGGCUGAAACUUAAAGUGCAGACUUUCUGUGAUACAAACAUAACUGACCAAUGACCAUGGGCAGUCUUUGUUACCAUGAUCAAAUCAGCUAGAAAGCAGGCAAUGCCAUUUCUUUUAUUUUCACUCAUCCUGUUGUAGUUACACGUUUCCUGUGUGCUCACUGUUCUCUCCAGCCUCUUGACUAUUUUCCAUUCAGUAGUCAAGACAUUCCUCCAGAUAUUGCUGUAAUCCAACAAGCAGCCUGAUUUAUUUGUUUUUAAUUUUUUAUUUAUUUUUUUUUUUGUUUUUUGGUUCCCCACCCCCCUUUGGUCAAGUUCAGAGAGUUCGUCAGUUUCCAGUGGUCUCACAAACCCUUUAGCAACAGAAUCAUUAUGCUUGUACCUGUAAUUAUGAUUCUAUUUGCCUGCCGGCUGCCUGGCGGAGUGGCGUUACAUUGCCUAAUCACUUGAAUUCUUCAGUAUCUCUCAGUAUAUCUGAGAGAGAGAUACUGAAGCUCUAGCUCUAUUUUCUGUAUGUGUUUGGAGCUCGAUGGAGUCAGAAAAGUCUUUGCUGCCUAAGCAUUUUCAUUUACACCUCCAAAAAGUUUCAUUGAUUACUAAAGUGCUUGAGCAAAAGCAGUUUAAAGUGGAUAUUAUGAAUAUUCUGGAAAGUUUUUAGUAUGUUUGGAAAAUUACAUUGUAACAUUUUACAUUUUAUUUACUGAUCAGCUGGUUUAGACUUUAUAAACUACUUGUAUUGAAUGCAAUAUGGAUUUCACAUGAAUGGAUAAGAUGUUUUCAGCUUGAAUAUAAAAGCAUCUUAAUUAGCAUAUAUUCAUACAGAUCUUUUAUUCUAAGUCUAAUCACCAAUAGGUUAGUCUAUUGCCCACAUUGUGUUAGUUUUUUUUUUUCAGUUGGAUCCACUGACAAGUCCACUCUAAUUUUAGCUUAAUCAUAUGAUAAACAAAAGUAAAAUGAAGCCAGUCAGAAUAGCUUUUGAUUUAUCGCAUUAUACUUGCGGUCAACACAGCUUGCCCUCCUCCAUCAUUCCUUUGUAGUGUUGAUUCAUAAUAGUGAAUCAUAAUUCCCAAACUGUGUUGCGCACCUGUGUCCUACUUUUAAUGUGUCAAAGUAGUGUUUCUAAUAGAUGCUUACAUUUUAAAGGAGGCAGGAGAGCUGAUAUUCUAUGUGGGGAUUUCCAUGAUGUAAAUAUUUUUAUGCUAUUUACGCACAACUGAUUGAAAUGGGAGUUGGGAUGAUUUUUUGCUGAGUGCCAUCUCCAGAGCAGAAAUGCGUUGAAGUUUGAUCAUGCAAAUAUGAAAUGAUUGUGAUAAUGCUGCUACAGUAUGUAACACUGGAGCUGAAAUAAACAUGCAAGUGAGGAA